UCGAAAAGUGAGGCCUAGAUGGAGUCAUGGAGCCAAUGGACAUGAAUUCCAUUCCCUUUUCUAUUCUUUUUGUCUGCAUGGUUCAAAAAGAAUAUUUCGAAAUUUCGUAUUUUGACCUCGACAGUGGUUUAAUGACCUGAUAACUUGUUUAGCGGAUAGGACCAGUUAGAAAUAACUGUACUAAUAAGCUGGGGAAAAUGAUAUUAAAACUGUUUAUGACCUUUCGAUAGGGAUAGUGAACGUUAAUUUCCACCAUCUUGGGUUCACUUUUCUCAUAAUAGGCCAAAUGACUGAAGGUUCUAGAUCUUGUCCCAAUUUUUUACUGCACACUGCAUGAUCAUUACUCUCUAUAACAAUGAUUUGUAUACAUAUACAGUACUUCCAUCAAGUUUCAGUCCAACCGUAAUUCCUAUUAAAUAAAUGUUAUGUAUAGGUUCCUACCUUGAAACUGAACUUCUGUCUACCCAUCACGUUGACUCAUUGAGUGGUUGUGGUCAGCAGACCCUUGCAGAGGGGACAUGCGUUGGAUUUAAAUAUCGUCCAAGUCAUGACAAUGAACCAAAUUGUAAAACUUUUAAGAAAAUGAAAAAGUGUUCGAAAUGUGCCGCAGCUGGCAGUAAUGAUGCUUGGGAGUACUAUAAGGCUGUAGAAUCUAAACAAGUAAGUGCAAAUUAAUAUUUCCUCUACAUGUAAGCUUUGAAGCAACCGGAUCUUGAAGGGUCGUGAAAAAGACCGCAUGCGUUAGGCUCAGCUUGAUCAGCGACCGUCGCAUGAAACGUUUUUUGCCUCUCGCGAUUUUAUCGCAGAUGAUCGUCGUUUGUCUGCGAUGUAAAUUUCACAAUCAUUGUCACCACUUUCAACGUGCGUCGCAUCCGGUGAAUAUGAAAUGAGAUAUUCACGACACGAAACAUGAGAGUAAUUUUGUAUCGAGUAUUGUUUGCUCGCCUUCAAAUUAAAAUUGUUAACAUCUCUGGCCUUUCAAAGAAUUUCCACUUAGUAUAUUUUGGCCAUUUUGCUCCUUUCGGCAUAGUUCGGUUGCCGUUCGGAAAUUUUCAUGAACUCUCGCUUACUGUUCAGUACUUCGCGCCCGCUGUUCGCGCCAUAUUGUUAUUUUGGCGCCAUAUGCACAAGAAGCUGUUUGUCUAUUUUAAUAUAUUUACGUUUUAUGAGUAAACUUCAAUAUUUGCGUGUGUUUAUAGGUUAUUUUGGUAAACUUUAAGAGCAAUAUUUGAAGGUUUAGCAAAAAAAGCGCCCGCAUUCUCCUUUUUUUUUCAAAAUUCGGACGAGAAACUACUAAUUUUUUUUACUUGGCCUAAUAAAAUUUGUGAUAGAGUUGGGCAAUAUUAUCGUAAUAUCAGUUUCACUCAAGUACCGAAUGUGGAAACGUAUAGCCGGCGAUACAAGAUUACGAUUAGCAUUUCCGGCGAUACAGGAUUACGAUUAGCAUAUCUAUAUUAGUUAUUAGCAUCUUCAGUUGCACUCUUGAAUUCAUUAGGUUGGAUACCUUUCUAUGAGGAGAGUAGGAUCAAUAAAUGUGCAAUCAUGCAUAAACGCGUACACGGUGGACUGCUUAGUUAUUUAGAAGAUAAUAUUGUUGUUAACAAUCAAAAGUACUCUUGGAAUACAAGAUAUUCGAACAGCAACAUUAUUUGUCCAAGGUUUAAACGAGAAACUGACGGAGGAAGAUCAUUGGUUGUCACUGGUGUUAAAUUAUGGAACGCACUAGGCUACCUUUGGAACUGAGGGAAAAUGUUCUUCGAAAGCUUUUAAAAGAAAAAUGUGGAUAGCAUAUUUGAGCAUCAAAAACUUUUAAAUCAUUUUAUUGUGUAAUUUUUAUAUCCGUUAAUAUAAAUAUUAAGUAUCAUUAUUGUAAAUGUAGAAUUAGGUAUUGGUUUUUACUAUUUUAUGAACUUUAUUCUAUUGAUAUUGUAAUUUUAGUUAGUUUGAGGGCCACAAGUUUAUUAGCUGUUUAGCUAGUUUAGCUCUGCCGCUCGUUAAAUAAAUAUUCUAUUUAUUUAAUUAUCUAUAUAUGCGCAGUUUAACAAUGAGAUAACGAUGCCGAGUUGUUAUGAGCGAAUAGUCAACGAGGCGAAGCCGAGUUGACUAUUCACUCAGAGACAACGAGGCUGAGUUGUCUAAUUGUUUUAGUAUAAAGCACAUAAAGAAAACUGAAUUUAGCUGAAUUUUAACUGAUUUUUAUGUUAAUAAAAUAAUAACUUUUUAACGAAAUGAGCGUUUAAAUGGCUUCCUUUGAGGGGAAAGUCUUUCACUCGCAUUUCGGAUGUUCCUCCAAGUUGGUGUUUGGAAUUAUGUUCCAAGCAAAGAUGUUCCAAGGUAUUUUGGACUGAACACCAGAUGAAAAUUUGAUUGAAAUGCCCACUGGUGGACUGUCUAGCUUGAUGGCACUCCAUAUUUGUUUGUAAUAUUUUGAUAUCAUCUUUCAUUGCAGACAUCAAAAUGUUCCAAAAACAGGUUUUGCAAAAAUGAUGGGAAGUGUGUUGAAAAUCCAUGUGAUAAAGAAAAUGGCUUCAAUUGUAUUUGUCCAGCAAAUUUUUCUGGAAAGUUUUGUGAAAACGUGAUUGGUAGGUCAAUAAUCAAGCAUGAUACUUUAUGAGAAGAAAUUGUAAUUAUUUUGAGAAACACCAUUUUAAAAUAAGCGACUAUAUGACGAUUUCUGAAUUCAUUUCGCAUUGUAUCAACCUGGAUAUUGCAAUAAGACUCAUCCAAACAUUGCUUAUAUUUAUCUAACAUGAAGCGUUUUUCUUACUGUUAUGUAGGUAAUUUUUCUUCUUGUCAAAGCUUGCAUAAUACUGGACGGUAAAUUCUCUUCUAUUUACUCGACACUACCACAUGCACGUAUUGUAGAUAAGCGAAAAAGAAUUCUAACGUUUUUCUACAUUAGAAACAGUGGACCAGAAACUGAUCCUCAAUCUCUGCUAUUGUUAUUGUUGUCGUUGUCGUUGUUUUUACAAACCAUAACAAAGACAGUCAUAGACCAUUGAUUAAAUUUUUAAUAUAAUCAGUAAUCACUACCAAUUGCCAACUAAAAAAAUUAAUUCCUAUAAGCAUUUUCACUGAGCGAACAUUAAGUUUGCUCUUAAUAUUACGCGGAAAAUUGCACUGAUGUAAAUGUGAAACUGAUAAAAAAAGCUGUCUAGUCUGUUCUGCUCAUGCACGUGUUUUGCUUACAUUUUUUGCUGAAACAGUAGAUAAUUUAAUUAAAAUUCCGAUCUGUGGGCCCAUAGAUCGGAAUUUCAAUUAAAUUAUCUAUUGUUUGAAACAUAAUAUGUAAACUAGAAAAUACAUGCAUGCAGAAACCCACGCCUUGCUGACAAAACCAUUGUAUUUUCCUUCUGGUAUUUUCCGAACGUGACGUAUUUAAAGUAGUUGUCAUGGUAACACGAUAUUUUUUUAAGAAUAUUUUUACAAAUGAAAAAUCCCCUAAAAAUAUCACUUUUAAUUACAAAAUUAUCAAUUUCCCAAACAUAUAUAUGUUAGGUAUGUUAUUCGUUGGUGACCUACGCUCGCGAUCAUUGAUGAACUUUAGACUUCGCUAAUGCUUUCGUUUCCCCGGGUGUAAAUAGCCGGGCGGAAUUAGUACCCUCGCACGGUGUUUCGCGGCGUCGGGUCGGGGAUAAAACACGCGCAUGAGCAGAACGGACUUGACAGCCUCUUUAAUAAUUCAUGAAGAAAACACAAAAGAAAUCAUGACGGUGAAGGAGUUUGUAUAUCUGAUUCAAAAUCAUGCUGAUUUAUAUAUAUAUCGUGGUUUAGGGAUGUGCCAAAUGGGGUUUAUAACAUUCAAAAUAAUGGAGGUACAGUUGUGACGAAAACGUAUUGCCAAAUGACGUCACUUAAAGGUUGCGCUGGUGGCGGAUGGACAAUGGUGAUGAAAAUUGAUGGAAACUUGGUAAUAUAAUAUAUUUCCUUCUAUUGUAUGAAUUCACAUUUGCGUUUACUGCAGAUAAAUAAAAAACAUGUCCAUAUCAAGAGUAUCUUAUUCUGUUCAGUGGCGAAACCUCCUUUGAGCCCCCUGAGAAAGGAUAAGUUACGCUAUACUGAUUCUGUUUCUAGUAAGCGAGCGCGUCAUUUUCAGAUAAUAGACACAUUUAGGAAAAACGACGCGACCUCAAAGAUGCGCCUAUAAAAAAAUCUUUAUACAAGACAAGGUGUGAAUAAUUCGAGAGAUCAUGGGCCUCAUGGCUGUUGCAAACACCGUCAUACUGAACACAAUGUUAAUCUAAGAUUUGCAUGCACGUCUUUGGAGCAACAUAAAAGCUUGUUCCGACGUUACAGGUAAACGCAUGCAAGGUUAAACAGAAUUUUCGCCGUGAACACGCCUUGCCCUUGGUAAAUUUUUGCUUUUUGAACAGAAAAAAAAUUAUGGAUGGCUGUAAGCUAUUAAAUUAAACGACUAUAAUAAGUUUUCCAAAAUAAUAUAUGGCUAAAUAGGAACGAAAUCUUACAUGAAACACAGACAAAAUCAACACUGAAGCACUACAAGGGAAGCAAGACUAGUUAAAUUAUUCCAUCGUGAGGAUGACAGAUUUGCCUUUGAUGAUAACGCUGCACGAUUUCUUUUAUUAAGACAUGGGUCUUUUUUUAAUUAUUGGCGAGGUAAACUUUGCGCAAACAUUGUGACAUAGGUGCUGUCAGGUAACAGUAGAACAAACUCUGUACAGUGACAUAAUAAACGAAAUCCAAAACCGACCCGUUAUCUCCAGCCCCGCCAACUCGAACAAUUAAUUUUUCGCCCCCUUUGGAGUUCGAGUAGCACCCUGCUACUUUUUCAAUAUUCAUGUCAAAUAGCCAUUUGCUUUCUGGAAAUAACUUUAUGGUAUCUAAAUCAGGUGGAGAUAAUUUUUCCUUGAACUUCACUUUUUCAUUUCUAUACAGCCUACAUUCGAAUUCAAUGCUACUUACUGGUCAAAUAAAGUGAGCUACAAUCAGAUUGAUGGAACGUCAGGAUUUGAUGACGUUGAAACCAAAUUGCCGAGCUACUGGAUUACUUCAUUUACAGAAAUAUGUGUUGGCAUGAAAGUCGGUAAUGAUCUCCGAUUCCUGGCAAUACCACAUGCUGGUCAAUCCUUGCACAGUUUGUUGGCGGAAGGAAAGUUUAUUGCCACCAAUGUGAGCCGAGAAAACUGGAAAUCAUUGAUCGCCAAUUCAUCGUUACAACCAGGAUGCAACCAUGAGGGAUUUAAUAUAUAUGACCCUGAUUAUGAUCAUAUGGCUGCUCGCAUUGGUAUUAUCGGCGACGAACUGGUCAGUAAUGAGGCAACUAUUGUGUUUGAUGACUUUCCUCUACUGAAUAAUUUGUAAUUUAGGUAUCCCGGCUCCAAUUAUAACCCAUUAUACCGUGUUUAUACACAUUCUUGAACGUAAAAUAUUUUUUCCGCCUUGCUGUUUUUUUCCUUGUAUUCAAUAUCAAAAUUAUUCAUCUCGUACAUGAAGUAGUACUGAUUAUUUGAAAGUGUCACUCGGUUGGCGCCAUCUUUAACGCAGGCGGCGGAGCAGAGGGGGCUAUAGCCGCCUCCCCCCCCCCCCUGAAGUAAAAGUGAGAAGGAUAAGCCCCCCCACUACCACCACCGAACACCAACUUUCAGAGUAAGGCAGUAAUAUGAAUAUUUCUGAUCGCUGCCGAAAAAACAAAGGAAACUAAACUAUCAACAUUGUGGUCAAUCAAAAAUAAUUUCUUAAAUUAAGUGAAUUUAAAUAUAAUUCCUGAAUUGUGAAGCAAGUUUUGCAUGUCGUCCAUGCAAUUUCUUCAACUCGACGCCAGAAAGUAAAUCGUAUUUCUGAGCUUCAAUUCUUCAAUUUUUUCCCGCAGCAUACCCCCUAGGUUUCAGCGCUCCUAACUUUAAAUAUCUUGCUGUCCACUGCUGUUCACACUGCUGUUCACAGUUGGAUCAUUUUUUGCGUGCCGUGUUUGGACUUAGCUGAAUACUUCGUCCCGAAACUGAAAAUUAAUCCCUCCCCCCUCCCCCCCUCCCCCCUCCCCAAUAGAAUGUGUUUCGCCGCCACUGAUCUUAAACAAUGCCAGUUACAUUCUGAUCAUGCUCAGUUCAGAUACAAUAUGGCUGCCAUUAUUUCCUACCAGUUUAUACAUGUGGACAGAAUAUGUUCAUUUGGUGAAAAUGCAAGCUAACUCCACAAGUGACGCUAUGCACUUAGAGUAUAAAAUAUUAAAAUAAUCCCCAAGCCAAUGGCGCGGAGCGCCGUGCUUGGGUACUAAUUCCGCCAUCGUGUUACCAUGACAACUACUUUAAGUUAAAUACUUCAUGUUCGGAAAAUACAAUGGUUUUGUCAGCAAGGCGAGAGGGUUUUUGCAUGCAUGUAGUUUUUGGAAUAGUAAACUAUUUUAUCUGAUAUACAGUACUCUUACAGGAAGACUGUGAUAUGGCGGACUCGUUCAUUGGUUUGGGAGGAAAAUACAACAUAUCAAGUCAAUGCUACCCAGGGAUCAAGAACUCACCAGUGAGUGGGAAUCUUGCAUCGUGUGGAGCGGACGCGGGAAAUGUCAACAUAAAGUCAAUGGGAUAUAUCUUAGUUCGUUAGACCGCUUGCUAGUUCAUUGAAAGAGAUGUGGCAAUAAAAUUUCACUCCAUCUCAUUUGGAAUGACUUUCAAACAUUAUGGGGAACUCCUUACAGCUUCCUCAAAUAUUGGUUAGAUGUAGAAAUAUUUUGACUGAAAU